CUCCGGCCAUGCACCUGACGCUAUAAGAAGCCCGCUCCCAAGUUGUCCGCGCGACUGUCCCCCACCACUCCAUCCCUCAGCAUGUCUGCACCACCCGGCGCACCGCUAAACGGCCAUGCCGACGGUCUCCCGACCAACACCAAGGAAACUGCCAACAUCUCAUGGCCCGUCAACCGCCCCGAGAGCCGCGGCGAAUGGACCACCAAGCUGGACCACGAUCUGCGCCUGCGCGAGCAGGCCACCAUCCAGAAGGAGGCCGGCCGGCUCGGUUUCCUCAUCUCCGCGCGUGAUGUGAUGCCCGGCCAGCCGCGCUCGCUGUCGGGCAUCGCGUCGCGGGCCUUCCUGCUGGGCCAAGUCUGGAGCCUCUCCGCUGCCAGCGCGCUGUACCUCGCCUUUGUCAAAGAAGACCCCGUCUGGCGCGCCGCCUUCUUUGUCGCAACGCUGGCGCUCUUCCAUUUCCUCGAGUUCUGGACCACGGCGCGCUACAACACGCCUGCGGCUAAGAUGGCAGCUUUCCUGCUCACGAACGGCGCGGCCUACCAGUUUGCCCAUAGCUCCGCUAUGCUGGAGCAUCUGGUCACGCGUUUCUUUUUCCCGGAGUGGCAGGCUACGCUUACCAAGUAUCCGUUUGGUUUGAUUGCGGGUUUGGCUCUCAUCGUCACUGGCCAGGUCGUCCGCAGCGUGGCUAUGGUGCAGGCGGGCACCAACUUCAACCACCAGGUCCAGAGCAAGAAGAACGAGGGUCACGUGCUGGUGACGAGCGGGCUGUAUUCGUGGCUGCGGCACCCGAGCUACUUUGGCUUCUUCUGGUGGGGCUUGGGCACGCAGCUGAUGCUCGGCAACGUGGUGUGUCUGGCCGGGUACGCGGCGGUACUCUGGUACUUCUUCAACUCGCGGAUCCAACGUGAAGAGAAGUUCCUCGUCAACUUCUUUGGCCACGACUAUGUCGUGUACCGCCGGAAGACGAUGGUCGGCAUACCUUUUAUUAAGUGAGCCUCGGUAAGAUGAGGCGGAGGAGGCUAGAGGUGCUGUACUAUGUACAACGAACAGGCAACAUCCGCUGCGGAAAAUGCAUUUCGCCGGCUGUUCUGUCAAAAGGAUAGUGAAUUGGGCGAUUGCCCAAACUCAUGGCGGCGCACAACACGAUACCACGGUAUUCUUUCAUGUCUAAAUGCUUCAAUACCCCAAUGGCAUGGUUUCUCUUUCUCAUUUCUCCGUUCUUGCUCGUACUCUUUGUCUUAAUGCCUAGACUCCUUUCAUAACGGCAGCAACCGGAGCUCAUAAAGCUUGAUUACUGCUGCAAUCAUACGACUGAAUUCAACUCACUCAUC